CUAUCACUAAUUCACUAUCAGUCGGGUGCGUACAUUACCAAAAUUUCAAACCUCAAGGAUCUACUUGUAAUUUUUCCAAACCUCAUGCAGUCCAAAUGAAUAUUGUGAGCACUUUAUAAAAACAACACUGGCCUUGGUGGCGCUCAGCCAUCGUAUCCCUCCGCCGUUCCCCGGAAAAGUCAUCGGAGUACAUCAGGACGGUAAACACUGGACAGCGAAAGGUAGAAACUAAGGCAUUUUCAUCUUUCAAUGUUACAGAGGCGCUUAUUUUGCACGAGGAUUUCGAAAACCAUCCUCCAAUCAAACCCCGGACAUAAUCAUAGCAAAUGGAGUGUAAAGCAAGUUACCAAGUCCAGUUUCUCAGCGACAUUAGAAGAGAUAAGUACUUUCAUCUCCGACUCUGAUUUCAUCGCCGUCUCAUUGAAGAAUACUGGGGCCUACUCUGCACCCUGGCAGCGUAUUCUGCCAAUUGACACCGCACACACCGCCUAUCUCAAAGCCAAAUAUGCCGCCGAACGGUUUCAGGUCCUUCAGUUCGCCGUUUGCCCUUUCUCCAUUAGAGGUUCCAAGCUCAUCGUUCACCCAUACAACUUUCAUUUGUUCCCUCGUGAUGAGUUAAAAAUAGGGAUGCCUUCUUAUAGUUUCUCUUGUCAAUCAUCAUAUUUGACCUCUAUGGCUCGACAAGGUUUUGAUUUCAAUGCCUGCAUAUAUGAUGGCAUAUCAUAUUUAUCCAGAUCGCAAGAAUCAGCUGCAAUAGAUAGAAUUGGAAAUGCAUCACAUAUUACCCGUAAAGUGCAAUCUCCAUCAGGGCAUACAGUUGCUGAUUCCGUAUUUGCAGAAAGGAUCAAAUCUCGAGUUAAGCAUUGGAUAAGUUCUUGCAGAGACACCAACAAGAAGCCUGAAGAUGCUUUAAUCACUUUUAUAUUGGGUCAGACACUGAAGGAUUUUGUUGAUGUCAUACCUUUACUAACCCCAGCAAAGGGAGGGAUGACAAUGUCUAUUCGAGUUGUUUUGACAAGUUCAGAAGAAGACAAAAUUCUUUUACAGAAGGAACUUCAAAAUGAGGAGAAGGAGCAUAACAAGCGCAUUCGUGGCUUUCGAGAGGUGAUCGAUUUGAUUUCCGCUUCUCAGAAACCCGUUGUUGUCCACAACUCUCUUAAUGAUUUUACCUUUGUCCAUUCCAAGUUCUUAGCUCCAUUGCCACCAACGCUGGAUGAAUUCAAAAGUUCAUUAUGUGAGGUCUUCCCAAACGUACUUGAUGUCACCCAUCUUAUGAAGGAAAUCAGCCCUCUGAAAAAAGUGAACAAUUUGCCUGCAAGUAUCUCAUAUUUGAAACAAAGAUUUUUUGCCCCUGUUGAUAUGGAGAUAUCUAACCAAGCAGCUGAGGCCACGGAAGUGAAGACUCUGGGACAUGAUGUUUUGAAGAUAAGCGAAUUGUUUGCGAAGCUGUACUCCAUACUGAAAAUUGCUCCAAAAGCUCCUGAAGCUGCUGAGGGCCAUUUGCCUGAUGCAAUUGAAUGCUACAUAAACUUGUUUAACCCUUGCUUUGCCAGUUCUCAUGGUCUUGCUGAUGAAGGUGUUAGUGUGUGGACUGACAAUACUAGAAAAAUUAGUAUUAAGAAUCUGGUUUUCCUAUGGGGAUUCAGGGGUGGGACAUCUGCAGGACAGCUGAAAAGCCUCCUAUAUGGUUCACAUGAAGUUUUCCAUAAUGAAUUUGAUGUUAGGCUAGUGGAUAAAAGCUGUGCUGUAGUUGUUUUUGGGAACCCUGGCUUUUCGGAAGUCCUGUUGCAGCUAAUGGAUUCUGGAGGUAUCUGUACUAGUACCCUGAAGGAGAUGCUGGCAGACGGCCUGACAGCCGCAGGUUAUGAGGCAUACCAAAAAGUCUGUGAGUUAGGUCUAUGGGAAGCAGAUUUGGCCAGUUCAUUCGAAAGGGCUUUGGAAGAAAAUGAUAGCUUCUCAGAAGCUCACUCUCAGGAGCUUCCGGGGAUAUGUUGGAAUAAUGAUGAAAUGAUUAACCUGGAUGACCUUUAAGACGCUCCAUAUAGAUCUGAUUCAUAUCUAACAUUACAAGAGCCAAGAAAGGCUGCUUUCUGGUCAGUGGCGAGUCGAUAUACUAUGAUCCUAUAGAUUUUGUUGGUGGCCCGUUUAUUGCCAUUGGGGAUGUAUGCAGGAAUCAAAUUCAUAAUUGAUGCAUCAAAUGGGGAGAGUAGCUGCUGACAUGGAACAUUCAGCCAUUGUAUUUAAGUAAACAGGUAUCCUAAGAUUGAUGGCAUUUACUUCUUUCAAGCUGACAAAGCAGGGUGGUCAUGUAUUUUUUGGACGAUGAGAUGUGAGGAUAGCUGAAUGUUGGAGGAUAAUUCAGUAGAGUGGCAUUAUUUGGUGUAGCAAAGAAUCUGUUUAUUGGGUCGUCGUUUUCCUUUCCCACUUGCCAAGUUGUUCUUGCCAAGUUUCUUAUCUGGUGGUGUAUGUUUGAAGUUGUAGAGUUUGCAAACAUUGAGUUUUUGCAUGUGAAGCGAAAGUGUAAUGAGAUUACUUACAUAAUGUCUUUUUUUCAGUUGAUGGCUAAGCAAUUCAUUCUGUUCAACAUUUGUUAAAUAUAAAACUAUGCUGAUUAUGA